CCAAAGGUUCUGUGUUACUGCUGAGAUGUUUGGCCUUUUGUUCUUCGUGCUGAUGGCGCACACCGCUUAUGGAGACGUGAGCUAUUCUUUUCCGGAGGAGAUGAAACGCGGAUCUGUGAUUGGAAAUAUAGCAAAGGAUCUCGGGCUCGAUGUGAACAGACUGUCAUCUCGUAAGGCUCGAAUUGAUACUGAAGGUAACAGAAAACGAUACUGUGACAUUAAUCUGAAUACUGGAGAACUGACCGUAGCGGAGAGAAUCGACAGAGAGGGACUUUGUGGAAAGAAAGCUUCAUGUGUUAUAAAACAGGAGCUCGUGCUGGAAAAUCCUUUAGAACUGCAUCGCUUUAUUCUCAAUAUUGAGGACAUAAAUGAUAAUUCACCACAGUAAAAAGAUGUAAUAAAAUUUGAUAGAGAAUCAGCAGACAAAGGAUCUCGCUACUUAUUAGAUGAGGCCCAUGAUGCGGAUAUUGGUAUGAAUUCAGUGCAAUCAUAUACACUUGAAAAAAAUGAACAUUUUCAUUUUAAUGUACUUCAAAAACAGAUGGAAAAUGGAAGAAAAUAUGGAGAGCUAUUGCUGGAUAAAGAGUUGGAUCGUGAGCAGCAGAAAGAGGUAACAUUAAUUCUUACUGCGGUAGACGGCGGGACUCCACCGAGAUCAGGUACUGUAGCCAUACACGUCACUGUGCUGGAUGCUAAUGAUAAUGCUCCAGUCUUUAGUCAGGCCGUCUAUAAAGUCAGUCUGCCUGAAAAUUCUCCUGUAGAUACUGUAGUGGUGACAGUGAGCGCUACUGAUGCUGAUGAGGGACAAAAUGGAGAAGUGACGUAUGAAUUUGGUCAUUUAUCCGAAAGCAAUCUGACAAUUAUUUUCACUGGAUCCAAAUCUGGUGAAAUUAAACUAACAGGGCCAAUUGAUUAUGAGGAGGAGAGUUCAAUUGAACUGCCAAUUCAAGCUAAAGAUGGUCAAGGGUUAGCCAGUCAUUGUACAGUAAUAAUAGAUAUUAUUGAUGUCAAUGAUAACGCCCCUAUAAUAGUAAUUAAUUCUCUUAAAAGCCCCGUUCCUGAGAAUGCGUUACCCGGUACAGAGGUUGGCAUCAUUAAUGUGCAGGACAGAGACUCUGAGAAUAACGGACAGGUGCGCUGCUCCAUUCAGCAAAACGUCCCAUUUAAACUCGUACCUUCAAUCAAAAAUUACUAUUCUCUGGUGACCACAGGUGAAUUAGACCGCGAGCUGCUCUCUGAUUAUAAUAUUACAAUUACUGCUACUGAUGAGGGCUCUCCGCCUUUAUCUUCCACUAAGAAUAUUCACUUGACUGUAGCUGACGUGAAUGAUAAUCCACCUGUAUUUCAGGAGCAGAAUUACAGAGCUCAUGUGCAAGAAAAUAACAAACCGGGCUCCUCUAUUUGUUCAGUAUCAGCUACAGACCCGGACUGGAGACAGAAUGGCACUGUAGUUUAUUCUCUGUUGUCCUCUGAUGUCAGUGGCGCACCGGUGUCCUCCUUUCUAUCCAUUAACGGAGACACCGGGGUCAUUCAUGCAGUGAGGUCGUUUGAUUAUGAACAGUUGAAAAGUUUCAAAGUGCUCGUGUUAGCCAGAGACAACGGUUCUCCUCCUCUGAGCAGUAACGUGACCGUGAAUGUCUUCAUAACGGAUGAGAAUGACAACUCCCCUCAGAUAUUAUACCCAUCUCCGGAAGGAAACUCCUUCAUGACCGAGAUGGUACCCAAAGCUGCACAGGCGCGCUCCCUGGUCUCCAAGGUGAUCGCCGUGGACGCAGAUUCUGGCCAGAACGCGUGGCUCUCGUAUCACAUUAUUAAAGCGACUGAUCCGGGACUUUUCACUAUCGGUGUCCACAGCGGAGAGAUCAGGACGCAGCGGGACAUUUCUGAAUCUGACAGCAUGAAACAGAACCUCAUUGUGUCCGUGAGAGAUAACGGACAGCCCUCUCUCUCAGCCACGUGCGCAUUGUAUUUACUUAUAUCAGAUAACUUGGCUGAAGUUCCAGAACUGAAAGACAUGUCUCGUGACGAGAGCAGCUCCAAACUGACGUUUUAUUUGAUCAUCGCGCUGGUGUCCGUUUCCACUUUCUUCCUGACCUUCAUCAUCAUCAUCCUGGCCGUGAGGUUUUGUCGCAGGAGAAAGCCCAGACUGUUGUUUGAUGGAGCUGUAGCCAUUCCCAGCGCGUAUCUUCCUCCAAAUUACGCAGAGGUGGAGGGCGCGGGAACUCUCCGCAGCACUUACAAUUAUGACGCAUACCUGACCACGGGCUCGCGCACUAGUGACUUCAAGUUCGUCAGAUCUUAUAAUGAGAGGCAUAGAACCGCUGUGGACGAUCUUGAUAACUUGAGUAAGACUCAUUUGAUGGAUUUUUUAUGUAGAUGA